AUGGGCAACCUUUGCUCAUGCAUGAACAAGCGGAGGCAGCGGUCGACGCGAAAUUCGUGCCGCAAUGGUGAUCCUAGUGUUGGCCGACAGAAUGCCGAUAGUGUAGCUACCAUGUCUGAUGCCAGCAGGCCUGUUCAACCGAGAGAGACUCAGCACAUAGCAGACAGGGAAGAUAUUGCUCCAGAGGGAGAGGAGCAAAUCAACCCGGCGGACAACAUCGCCGUCCCGCCUAAGUUCAAAGCCAAGUCGAUGAUGAACAUCCACGAAGAUAGACGAUCAGGAUCAAGUGCGAUGCGCGGUCAACGGGCCUCUUCCACUUCCAAUAUUUAUAUCGACGAUUCGACGGUUUCGAAGCCGAAUGCAAAGGCGAUGCAAAAGUGCCUCGCGCUAGCGAUAUAUUAUCAUGUGAAGAGCAAUAAUCAUGCAGAUGAUUUGUCCUCCAAUGUUCCUGACAUCUUCGACGAGCAGAAACAUCCGCUCAGAAAGAAAAAGAACCAGAAACCUGUAGACUCACAGUCAGAUUUAGAGGAUCUGCCGCCACCAGAUCAUCGCGAUGUUUAUAAAUUCAUCCGCUGCUUAUUCUCGCAAGCGCAGUUGGCCUCCGAAGUCGCCAUGGUCACCUUAAUUUAUCUCGAGCGACUUUUAACUUAUGCCGAAGUCGAGUUUUAUCCGGCGAAUUGGAAAAGGCUCACGCUCGGUGCUAUAAUGCUCGCUUCUAAGGUUUGGGAUGAUCAGGCCGUCUGGAACGUGGACUUCUGUAUGAUCAUCGAUGCUGAUGUAGAAGACCUGAAUAUGCUGGAACGAAGCUUUUUAGAAUUACUACAAUUUAAUGUAAAUGUGCCUGGAUCUGUAUAUGCAAAGUAUUACUUCGACCUUCGUGAAAUGGCGGUCAAGUACGGGAUUAAAUUCCCUGUGAGUCUGCUUACCCACGAUCGCGCGAUUAAAUUAGAAGCCUCCUCGUCCCUAAGGACGCCCGAUAAGGUCUCCGGGCCGAAGACCUCGUAUGAUGUGCCCAAACAUCGCAAAUGCUUCUCACUUGACUUCAACUCAAAUGCUAAUGUGGGCCGUUCGCCCUGGGUGAUUUCUUAA